UCCCUUCCCUCUCCCUCUCCCUCCUUCUCUCUAUAUAAAUGUCAAACUGAAAAGUCUUAAAUGCAUCGCCACUGCACGCAUUGUGGACCUGUUGCUAGUUAAACUAAUCUAAAGAAAUGUCCACAGAGAGAGAGAGAGAAAGAGAGAGAGAGGGAGGUGUGAUGGCUGGGUUGCAGAGAUCUGAAGUCUCGUUCAGGAGGCAGGGCUCUUCAGGGCUGGUGUGGGACGACCGGUUCUUGUCCGGCGAGCUCCGGCGACGGGACGAGCUCGACCAGGAUCAGGAGAGGGCCGCGCCCGGGGACGACCCGGGUAACGUCAAGCCGUCGUCGACCCCGGCGAGGGGGGCCGCCGCUCCUCCUUCCAUCGAGACGCUGAGCCGGAGCCGAUCCAGCAACGCCGCGGGGGGGCGGGGGUACCGGACCGGGAAGGUGUCCCCGGCGAUCGAGCCGCCGUCGCCGAAGGUGUCUGCAUGUGGGUUUUGCGGCGCCUUCGGGAAGCAAGCCAAGAACCGCAAAACCAAGCCUGGGAAGCGCAGAUCGAGAUAGGAUCGGGUUCCAUGGGUAGCGCCCGGUUGUCUGCUGGUGACUGGUCAGGGUGUAUCUGCUUCAGGAGGUGAAACUGAAAUUUUCUUCUCUCUUUUUAUUUUUAUUUUUUUGGGUAUAAAUAUAGGAUUUUAGUGAUAUAUGAGAUAAGAUUUAGAUGAUAAUUAGCGUGGUCUAUGUCUCAAUAAACUGAGAUUUGUGGGAGUUUUGGGAACAAAGAAGUGGGAAAGUUUGGUACUUUGGUUCUUUUUUCUGCUUCUGUCCACCCUUUCUUCUUUCUUAUGGGAGCUCAAUAUGCUGUUUCUUCCUUUUUGGGUUGGAUUUAGAUUCCAGAGAAGCUCUGUUCUUUCGUAUGAUGGCCUUUGUUUAUGUGAUCAUGUGUAUAUCUGUCUGGAAUUUUACGUGAAAUUUCAAUCUUUGUACAAAA